CCAUUUAAUCCGUUAUCAUAUUUUUGCCCCUCUGUUCACCUCAUCUAUUUCCGUGUUAUUUCCUCGGCCCAUUUUGACUUUCACCUUACUUCUGUCUCAUUAUCGCUUUUGCCUUUACAUUUAAUACCUAUCUUCUGUUGCCACCCCCCAAUUUCACUCAUUUCCCACAUUUUUUUUUUUAUUACAUCUAAAUCCACUUCUGACUCAUGUCUUUUUUCAUCUUGCCCAUAUCCAGAGAGGAGGCGAUGGGCUACCAGAGAGUGUUGCAGGUGGAUCUGGAGGUGAACGGGCUGAUGGCGCCUGAAGGUGGCAGAGAGGUGACUUGGCAGGUGGAGUAUCCGCUCACCCGCACCCAGACCAGUGAGGUGCAGACCCUUAUCCGCCUAGCACCGCAGGACCUUGGCGGCAUCGUGCCACUAGCAAUGGACACAGAGAUCCUUAAUACAGCUGUCCUCACUGGACGUACAGUCGCUGUGCCUGUAAAGGUCGUCACUGUGGGAACAGACGGGACGGUCUCUGAUGUGACCGAGUCGGUGGAAUGCAGGUCAACAGAUGAGCUGGUUAUUAAGGUGUCGGAGAGAUGUGACUAUGUGUAUGUGAACGGAAAAGAGACGAGAGGAAAGCGCAGCGUGAUGCUGAACUUCACUUACAGCUUCCUGAGUGCACAGCUGGAGAUGAGCGUAUGGAUGCCACGCCUCCCGUUGUUCAUCGACAUGGCCGACCCUGAACUCAGUCAAAUUAGGGGCUGGAGGGUCCCCAUUAUGAAGGGAAAAAAGAGGUAUGACGACAAGGAGGAUGACACCACUGGCGAGGAGAAGACCGAUAACACAUGCGUACCUCAGUACCAAAGCACCACUUUGCAAGUCCUCACACAUUUUGUGUCCGAAACUGACGAGGUCAGAGGCGCUGUCGAGGAAGACAACGAAGAUCAGCAGAACUUUCUGCUGGGCAGCGACUGGCAGGUGGAUGUGACACAACUGGUCAAGGACUUCCUGCGGGUGGAGGACACAAAGAUUGCCCAUUUAUGGGAGGGACAAGUCAUAAUUGGGCUGAGCGCUGGAACGACCAAAAUACAGGUGCUGUCUCCCCUGACAUCAUUGGUCCUGGCUGAGAGGAGCAUCAGGGUGCUGGAUGAUAAAGUGAGUGUGACAGAGCUGGGGUUGCAGUUGGUAUCUGGACUGUCGCUGUCCUUGCACCUUAGCCCUGGCAGCAACAGAGCCAUAGUCGCCACUGCCACCACACAGGAAGUCAUCGAAGCUCCCCAGCAGGAGUCGUUCAUCAGUGCCUGGCUGCAGUUCAGCGAUGGCUCCAUGACACCACUGGAGAACUACAACCCUGCCCAUUUCACACUAACUGCCACCUCAUUAGACGAGCGGGUGGUGGUUGUGCAGCGAAAUACAGCCUGGAGGUGGCCCGUUAUCGUGGCUAAAGGUGAAGGUCAAGGUUUGCUUGUGCGUGUUGAAAUGUCCGAGGUGUGCCAGAAAGGGAAACGUCGUAUCAGUUUAGCUACUGGGAUGGCCAACGUACAGGUGAGGUUCGGUGGAGCAGAGGAUCACUAUAAACAUUCAGGAGAGCGGCGAACGCGGCCAGAUCCACCCUACUACGGCGGGUCUACCGCUGAUGUGGAAACUGGGCUAAUAAACCGUGGAGCCACUACCAUCAGGGGGCAUGUCCCCGGGAGGCCAAAUGGAGGCCGUCUCUCUGCAGAUACUGGGCGUAAGAACCCAGGUCAAUUUUCAGACUAUCCAGACCAGGCUGAGCAUCCUCGAAGUCGCAGCACUGAUGACGAUCUGCCGGCCCGAAGGGCUAUGACCGACCUUGAGAUUGGUAUGUACGCGCUCUUGGGAGUCUUCUGCCUGGCCAUUUUGGUAUUCCUCAUUAACUGCAUAUCUUACACAUAUAAGUACCGGAGCAAGCACCUGUCCCUAGAGGCCCCAGAAACCAUGCCCCAUUCUCAUGACUGGGUUUGGCUAGGCCAAGAGGAAGGGCUCUGCCUGCAGCAACAGCAGCUGGACGAGCUGGGCGGCACCCCCGAGGAAGGGAGCCAAUUGUUAAACGGAGUGGCCCAGCACGGGACUAUUGGCACGGGAGGAUGCCGGGAUAACAGGAAUGAGUCACUUAACUCCCCAACCACCAAGCGAAAGAGGGUGAAGUUCACCACCUUUUCCAACGUCAAAUCCAGUAAUGGAUGUCCUGUGCUCAGCCCGUUAGCGUUGGUGCAAACCAGCGAGAUAAAGUGGGUUUGUCCGGACAUUGAGCUCGGGGACUCUAAGGAUCUUAGGAACUACAUGGACAAGUUGAAUGAGAAAGCUAAUAAGAACAUUGCUUAGGGGCUUCAGUGAACUUAAGUGAAACUCACCUGACUGCCUUCAGAAUGUGAAUGGAUAAUGAAAACGAAAUAAGUGAUGCAGAAAUAAAGUUUGCUUUUUUUCUACAAGCACCUGGCUUGUACUUUGGAGCUGCUGCUGACCCGUGACGGCACCAAAAAAGGACAAUUGACUGGACGUGAGAAGAAUUUGCCACAGCAUCACAACAUUGUUACAAAAGAGAUAAAAAGUUGAUAUUGUUGCUUACCUUAAAUGUUUGUUCUUUGUAUUCGAUUUCCAUAUUAUGUGAGUCCGGUAAUUUGGUUCUGUUUUUAUAUUUUAAUGUUGUAUUGUUUGUGCUCUGCUUGCUUUUGCAGAGUUGCUGUAUGCCCUGUACGCAAAUCAACAGUUACAGAUUAUUGAAUACGUUUUUUACCUGUAUACAUGCAGCGUUUAAUUUAAAGGUAUGUACAGUAACAUUUUGUAUAAAGCCAUUUUCUUUGGGUGUUUUUUUUUUUUUUGCUUUCACUCCAGCAACCAGAUCAAUCCAUGAUGUUAAGGAGCAUGGUGUUGGAUCUGGUACCUGGAAUAAAGGGGUGUAGAUAACUAAUACUCCUGACGACAUGUCAAGUUAGUAUUGUUGCAGUCACACUUUGUAAAAUGAAGUUUUGGGUUGGCUUCUCUAUGUUGAUACUGAUACUGGUCUUCUUCGCCCCUUUUUGUGCACUAUAUUAAUUAUGUUCCCUUCUUGAUUCUCUUAAUUGAAGUCAGCCCAUUUACUGUAUAUAUUUUUUUACCAUUUAGUUGUUGUUUUUUUCUUUGGGCCUUUUUUCCCAGAGGGGUUGCCCCAAAUUGCAUGUUUUGUUUGGCUUAGUUUUAAUGCUGGAUGCAUUUCCUAACACAACCCUCCCGUUUACCCGGGCUUGGAACCGGCACUGGACAUCUCCAAUAGCUAGGGGGCCAAACCUGCACCAUCUGCAAAGUGUACCAUUACACCACCGGAGCCUCAUUUAGUCAUCUUAAUAAAAUAUAUACAUAGGCCUACUUAAAAAUAUUGAUAAAGAGCAUCAUAGACAAUCUCUUAUUUAUAAGAAUUCAGCCCACUUCGUCAUCUGUAUGGCCCAAAUUACACACUUAAAGAACUGUAUGUGACAUUUUUGAUCCUAGAAAAGCAGU